AUGUCUGCAUAUCUGAAAGGAACAAAUAACUCUAAAUUCCAGGUUUCUGAGUUCAUCCUGAUGGGAUUCCCAGGCAUUCACAGCUGGCAGCACUGGCUCUCUUUACCACUGGCACUACUCUACCUCUCAGCAAUUUGGAGGACCAUCUGCCAGGACCCUGCUCUUCGGCAGCCUAUGUACCAUUUCCUAGGCAUCCUCUCUGUGCUGGACAUAGGUUUUGCCACUACCAUCAUGCCCAAGAUACUGGCCAUCUUCUGGUUUGAUGCCAAGGUCAUUAGCCUCCCUGAGUGUUUUGCUCAGAUUUAUGCCAUUCACUGCUUUGUUGGCAUGGAGUCUGGUAUCUUUCUCUGCAUGGCUUUUGAUAGAUAUGUAGCUAUUUGUCACCCUCUUCGCUACCCUUCAAUUGUUACCAUAUCCUUAAUCUUAAAAGUUACCCUAUUCAUGGUGCUUAGAAAUGGCUUGUUUGUCAUUCCAGUGCCUGUACUUGCAGCCCAGUGUAAUUAUUGCUCCGGGAAUGAGAUUGAGCAUUGCCUGUGCUCAAACCUUGGGGUCACAAGCCUAGCCUGUGAUGACAGGAGGCCAAACAGCAUUUGCCAAUUGAAUCUGGCUUGGCUUGGAAUGGGGAGUGAAUUAAGUCUUAUAGUAUUUUCAUAUACUUUGAUUUUGCGCUCUGUACUUAAACUGAACUCAGCUGAAGUUGCAUCCAAAGCUCUGAACACUUGUACCUCCCAUCUCACCCUUAUCCUCUUCUUCUAUACAGUCGUUGUAGUGAUUGCAGUAACUCUCCUGGCAGAGACUAAAGCUACUUUGAUUCCAGUUCUUCUCAAUGUGCUGCACAACAUCAUCCGCCCUUUUCUCAACCCUAUGGUUUAUGCACGUAGGACUAAAGAACUUAGGGCAGGCUUUUAA